UUAAGUUGGGUUUGGGUCUACUGUGGCGGUGGCAAUUCCCCACUACCAAGUACCAACCACAGAACAAGAAGGUCCUCGGAAUUUUCAAUUUCUCUGUUCCUUUCCUCGUCAAAAUUUUCUUCGCCCCCACGCAUAUCUCUGAAUUAAAAUAUUCCAUCCAAGAACAUAAAGCUUCCCCUUCAAUUUCAAACCCUAGAAAAAAAGCACCUAACCUUGCUUUGUGAUCAAGCAGAUUUAGGGUUUCUAUCUUUCUUCGCGAUGGAGGAUUGUUGUGCCGUUUGCGCCGAGCCCUUGGAAUGGGUUGCCUAUGGACCUUGCAUGCACCGCGAUGUCUGCUCCACGUGCGUCUCUCGCCUCCGAUUCAUAUGCCACGAUCGCCGUUGCUGCAUCUGCAAGACCGAAUGCGACACCGUAUUCGUUACCAAGGCUCUAGGAGACUAUACACGGAUGAUUAAUGAUUUUUCAUCCUUACCCUCCGACCCAAGGGAGGGCAAGGUUGGAUCAUAUUGGUACCAUGAGGAUACAAAUGCAUAUUUCGAUGAUAUGGACCAUUACAGGAUGAUCAAGGCUAUGUGCAGGCUUUCCUGCAGUGUAUGUGACAGGAUGGAGGAGCAACCACAUGAUGCCUCAAAGCGCCGGCAGAGGUUUAGGAAUAUAGAGCAGCUGAAGGGUCACUUAUUCCACCGUCAUAAGUUGCUUAUGUGUAGCUUAUGUUUGGAGGGGAGGAAGGUAUUUAUAUGCGAGCAAAAGCUUUAUACCAGAGCACAGUUGAAUCAGCAUAUAAGCACAGGUGAUUCAGAAGUGGAUGGAAGUGAGAGUGAGAGAGGUGGUUUUAUGGGGCAUCCUAUGUGUGAGUUCUGUAGAACCCCAUUUUAUGGGGAUAAUGAAUUAUACACACACAUGUCUACAGAACAUUAUACUUGUCAUAUAUGCCAAAGGCAGCAUCCAGGACAAUAUGAAUACUAUAAGAAUUAUGAUGACCUGGAGAUCCAUUUCCGUAAUGAGCACUUCUUAUGUGAAGAUGAAGCUUGCCUUGCUAAGAAGUUUAUUGUGUUUCAAUCUGAAGCAGAAAUGAAGAGGCAUAAUGCUAUUGAACAUGGAGGGCGAAUGUCACGGUCAAAGCGUAACGCUGCUCUUCAGAUACCGACCAGCUUUCGGUAUAAGCGUAAUGAUCAAGACCAACGCCGCGGAAGAGGCCGCUCCUUUCGUCGUGAUUUUUCUGAAAAUCAACUUUCUAUGGCCAUUGAAGCCAGCCUGCAGAUGGCUAAUGCAGCGGAAACAUUUCAUGAUCCAUCAUCUUCAAGUAGUGGGCAAGUUGCAGUUGAUGAUGGUAAUGCUGAUGUUGAUUCUAUUAUUCAGCCAUUUGAAUCAUUAGCUACAUCGGGAUCUGAAGCAUCUGCACGAUACCUCCAAGCCUUAGGACCUAACUCGAGGAAUGCAGCACUAGCAGAUUCAUCCUUCCCUCCACUCCCACUAGCUUCCAGCAAUGACCAGCAAAGGUCCAAACAGGAGUUGGAAGGUUCAUCCAGUAAUACCAUGGCAGCACGCUUGCGUCGGCAUGGGAACAGAAAUGUUUCUGUAAUUAAUGCUGGUAAUGCUUGGCCUGCACCAGGUCGUAAUUCUACCCAAGCUAGACUGCAAUCAAAUGCUGCUCCUGGAGUGCCACGUAAUUCUAGUCAGAUGAAGACCGCAAAUAACAGUGGACCUUCACCCUCAACUUAUGCUAGUUCUAUUCAGCCUACACCCAAAACUGCCCUUGCACAAUCAUCUGUUGGUUCUUCGCGGGACACACGUGAUAAUGGAAGAAUGGUUCACUCUGCAUCUGCUCCAAAUCUCAUUGAGAGCAACCCCAUUGAAGCUUCAAUUUCUGAGUUCCCUCCUGUUUCUGCCUCACUAGUGAGCAAGUUAUCUGCAAGCACUCAGACUCCGUUGAAUGUGGAAAAUGUUCAGUCUGCUAACAAGUCAUUGGUUGAAAAGAUUCGUGGAGCUCUUGAUUUUGAUGAAGAUAGAUACACUUUGUUUAAAGACAUAUCUGGUCAAUAUCGUCAAGGCACACUUGAUACGGAGACAUAUCUGGACUGUGUGCAGCAGUUUGGUUUGUCUCAUCUUGUACCCGAAAUGGCUAAUUUAUUGCCUGAUCCUCAGAAGAAGGAAGAGCUCAUUUUGUCGUACAAAAGUAGUUUGCAAAGGAAUGCUUUACCAGAAAAUGGAUGGGUCCAUGGUGGUUCUGGCAUACCCUCUAAAGGUAGUAAUGCUUCCAAGAAGGGUAAAGGUAAGUCUGUAGAUGGUAGUGGUAGUAACUCCACAGAUAGAUUAGCAGAUAGCUUCUUAAGCACAGUACAUCAACUACAGUCAAGCUAUAAAUCUUCAGAAGAGAAUUUGGAGGUGCUAUCAAGGGGUGAUUAUCGAACUAACAAGGGAAAGUCAAAAAUCAAUCAGCAGAUUGAUACCAAUUCGGGAAAUCAACCUUUGAGAAUCAGUGGGCAGACAGAGGCAUCGAGUGGAAUUUUAUCAAAUCAGAAAAAGGAGGAUGCUGGUGUUGGCAGUAAACAACGUAAAAAAACUUCCAAAUUUCUUAGAGUGCGACUUGGGGAUGGUUCUGCUUCAGCCCUUCUUGAUUUUGAUAACUCUCAGACUGAGCCAGAUCCUGGAACAGACCCUUUGCCAGGUAACAAGAAUGACUCCGGAGGACUGCCUGUGCGAGGUGUUUGGCGAAAUGGGGGAGGCCAGAGGCUCUUCAACUGAAUACGGAUCUGUUUCUCCAUGGCCUUAUAAUGUGAAGUAUCUCCAAGCAUAAAACUGGAAUAAACAGAGACUCCAGUUUUAGUUUCAGGAGUGAUGAUUUCAAUGGUCCAAUUUGAGUGGGAUUCCCAAGUAUAGCACGCUGGGAUAUGACUCUUGUUUUUGUUGAAGGUUUAAUACCAUUGCCUUAAUGGGUGAGCCCUUUUUGUUUGGUUUGGCCGUUUAGGGUAUACAUUUUGAUCAGCUGUCGAAAUGGGGGAACGGCGAGUGCCCUCUAUACUUAGGUAUGUA